CGCGUGUAAUAGAAGAAGACGCUUGGCAGAGAGAGAGAGCGGAGGCUUUAAUGGUUAGCUGACUGUGGGUAAAGCAGCUACUAGCAGACACUAGCAGCCACGGUCCACUUGGCAGCCUCCAGUCCACGGCGAUGCUUGGAGCUCCACACGGGCUCGCACGGCGCCUUCUCCGAUAGGCGAGCGACGCAGCGGGCAUGGCGGGCCGGCAGGAGCAGGCUUGCGGGACCUCUCGCCAUUUUUCACCCUCGAGAAAAGCACCGCGUCUGGGACUGUUGAGGAUGUUAUUUAUUGCUUUUAUCCACGCCACGCGGGCCAAUCAACAAGCGUUCAUUCAGUCCGACACGAUAUUAGAAGUUCUACAUUUCGGCGAUGGAGGCCUUUUACAGGCAGACUCCGACGUCGAUUUUACUUUAUAUCAUCAACAAAGCACGUCCCCGCACCGAGGGAACUGCCGACCCAUACGCUUUGAACCUCCUAUGUUGGAUUUUCACGAACAGCCUGUGGGGAUGCCAAAAAUGGAUAAAGUUUAUUUACAUAAUCCUAGCUCAGAAGAAAUUAGUUUGUUAUCAAUAUCAGCAACGACUGCACAUUUUCACGCCUCCUUUUUCCAGAACAGGAUAAUCCCACCAGGAGGCAACACGUCGUUUGAUGUGGUGUUUCUGGCACGAGUCGUUGGGAAUGUGGAAAACACGUUAUUUAUUAAUACGUCACAUCACGGAGUGUUUACAUACCAGGUUUUUGGGGUUGGCAUCCCAAACCCUUUCAGGCUCCGCCCCUUUGUCGGGGCUCGCGUGCCAGUAAACAGCAGCUUCUCACCGCUAAUUAACAUUCAUAACCCCUACAGUGAACCGCUGCAGGUGGUUGAGAUGUACUCCAGUGGUGGGGAUCUUCAUCUCGAGCUUCCCACAGGUCAACAGGGAGGCACAGGGAAAUUAUGGGAGAUUCCUCCUUUCGAGACCAAGGGGGUGAUGAGAGCCAGCUUCUCCUCUAGAGAUGCAGACAACCACACGGCUUUCAUUCGAAUCAAAACCAACGCUCCCGACGAGGACAAGUUAAUCAUCCUGCCGGUGGAGGUGGAGGUCACGUCAGCCCCGGGUAUUUACUCCUCCUCAGAGAUGCUGGACUUUGGCACGCUGCGCUCACAAGAUCGACCAAAGCUGCUAAAUUUGCACCUUUUAAAUUCAGGCGCAAAAGAUGUUCCUAUUACAAGCGUGCGCACGACGCCAGCCAACGAGGCCGUCACAAUAGACUUUAAAGCGGUCACACUGAGAGCAGGCGAGAGCAGAUACACCAAAGUAGCAACUAUUAGUUUUGAUGCCUCCAAAGCCAGAAGACCAUAUCAGUUCCUUGGUAAAAUCACAGUUAAAGCAAAAGAAAAGAGCUACUCCAAGCUUGAAAUCCCUUACCAGGCAGACGUCUUAGAAGGCUACCUGGGCUUUGACCACACAGCUACGUUGUUCCACAUACGGGACAGUCCAGUCGACCCUGUGGACAGACCAUUAUUACUCACAAAUGCCUUCAACUUUGCCAUCCGGAUACACAACGUGUCCCUGCCUGAAGAGGCCAAAACCAUGUUCAAGGUGCAAAACUUCAGCGAGCCCAUCCUGAUCCCCCCGCACAAGUCCUGCUACAUCUUCUCGCUGCUCUUCCGGCCGGUCCGACCUUCCAUACACAUCGACAGCAACAUCCUGCUCAUCACUAACGCAUCAAAGUUCCACUUGCCUGUCAGGGCCUACACAGGCUUCUUAGAGCCCCACGUGCUGCCGCCUAGUCUGAAGAAGAACGUCCUGGACUUUGGCGUUCGCAGCGCAACCGACACCAGCAGCAUCAUAUUUGUGGUGGUGAACAGCAACCCCAUAGAGCUGGAGAUCAGGGCGUGGCACGUCACAGGCGACAAUCUGUCAAUGGAGCUGCUCAAGGCCGAGAAGGGGAACUUGACCUUGGCAUCCCAACGCCUGCAAGAGCUGCAGAACGCGGCGCCGUCCCAUUACAAAACAGUGAUUUUAGCGUCAGGCUUCUAUGCAGCGUUCAGGGUGACUCUAGUAGCCAAUGCCCUGGAGGGCGCUUAUGACGGAGCCAUACACCUCACCACAGACUUCGAGAUAUUAACCGUCCCGGUGAAAGCUCUCAUCGCAGUGGGCAGGUUAAGCAGCUCCCCCAACCACAUGGUGCUGCCCCCGUCCUUCCCAGGGAAAGUCGUGCACCAAAUUUUUGGUAUCCGGAGCUCGUUUACGCAGAGAGUGAGGCUGGAGCAGAUCCGCUCCCUAACAGAAGACAUCCGCUUCUACUACAAGCGCCUGCGCAACAACAAAGACGAGCUGGAGUCCAGACGCAAGUCCAAGGUGGCAAAUAUUUACUUUGACGCCAGCUUGCAGUGUGGAGAUCACUGCUACGUGGGGCUCCCCUUUGUGCUGAAAUCCGAGUCCAGGCCUCACGGGAUGGCGCUACAGGAGGACAUUUGGGACGCUGAUGUGGAUCUUCACGAGAAACUUCUCAGGCGGUGGAAAGAGUUGAAAGAGCGCUCGGGCCAUAUGGUUGAAGCAGUGUUCGAAGUCAACACAGACCUUCAGAAAAACGUGCAGGCUAAAAUUACAGCCCAGCUGACCUGGCCCUCUUUGGUCAACUCCUCGCAGCGCAUCACUUUCCCUCUGACCAACACAAACAGCUCCUCUGACGAAGAGGUAACGCUGCAGAAUCCCGCCGACGUUCCCGUCUAUGUCCAAGUUCUGCCUCUGGCGCUGCUGCCCAACCCCUCGGUGUUCUCUGGAAAGUUGGCAGACAGGUUGCAGCCAGAAAAUCUAUCCAACAUCAACAUUGACACAAACACCCUGGAGUUCCAGGUCCACAGAAAGCAGAUCUCCUUAGUAAAGAGCAGUAUGGGCUUUGUGGAGGGAUCAAGCAAACCAUUUGUGUACAACAUGGUCCUGAUGCCCAGGGAAGUCCGGUCCUUUUAUGUCCGAUUCACGCCGGUUGGCAACCACAGCGUCUCCUCCCUGCUCAUAGUCCGAAAUAAUCUGACUGUGAUCGACACCAUCGUCCUGCACGGACAUGGCGCCACGGAGAGCUUGAAGGUUGCCGGGAAACCCCCGGGUCGCGGGAGCUCGCUGAGGUUUAAGAUGACAGAAGCUCUGCUGAGAGACUGCACAGAUAAGAAAAGAAUCCACCAGCCAAACUUCACUCUGAAGAGAACGUUUCACGUGGAGAACACGGGCCUGCUCCCCAUCACCAUUAGCUCCGCAAACAUCAACGGGCAAGCGUGCGAAGGAUUCGGAUUCAAGGUCCUCAACUGUGAAGAGUUUUUACUCCAGCCAAAUGCUUCGAAAGACCUGGUCAUAUCGUUCACGCCAGACUUCACCUCCUCCCGGGUGAUCCGCGAGCUCAAGCUGGUGACUUGCGGCGGCUCGGAGUUCAUCUUCAUCCUCAACGCCUCCCUGCCCUACCACAUGCUGGCGGCGUGCGCCGACACGCUGCCCAGGCCCAGCUGGGAGAUGGAGCUUUACUUUAUCGUGUCCGUCAUCAUGAGUUUCAUGUUUCUGCUGGUGAUCGCCACCGCCUACCUGGAAGCUAAAAGCAUCUGGGAGCCCUUCAAGAGGCGCGUGUCUGUAGAACCCAACUGCACCUUGGAGACGGGGAGGCCAUUUGAUCUCAGGGACAUUGUGCAAAUGCACAGUGAUUCAAAUGAGUCCUCCCAGAACUCCAGGGCGUUAUACGUGUCCAGCAACGGAGCGGCGCGCCCUGCAGCCCGACCGGGUAACAGCCGACCCUUGUCGGACUCCGACAGCCACGACAAGCGCUCCAGGAUCGGCUUGAACCGGUCCUCUAUGCAAGCCGCUUCCUCCUCGCUGUUGCCCAAAGGAGGAAGCGGCACUUCACCCCAAGACGGUCCUCCGACGACCUGCCAGCUGACAUACCGCAAGGCUCGGAGCACCAAACCGGACCUCCAGGGUCAAAGUUCACCCACGACGUUGCCGCUGCACAGACCCUUGUGCCCUGACGACUCCGAGUACGCCAACCUGCUCGGAGCUAUGGACAACGACCUGGACCGUCCAGACCCGCUCAGUCCGGACCAGAGCUCUCAGUCACCUCGGAACAAAGAGUCCAAAGCGAAGCUGCGAGGCAAAACAAAAGCUCAGAGGAAAAAGGAGGAAAAAGAGAAGAAGUUCACGAGCAAGACUCAGGGCGACGAGCUGAAAGACGACGACAGCUCCUCCACGACCACGGAGACGUCCAAUCCCGACGUGGAGACUAAAGAGGAACCAGCAAAAAAGAAAGGACGGACAACAAACACAGCGAAAGAAGCAAGAGAAGAACCUUCCAGUUUCCUUACCAAACAUAAAAGUAAAAAACAGGUCUCUUCAAAGAAGGAGAACCAAGUAGAAAAAUCCAGUUCCUUGGAGCUGCCGUAUGUCACGCUGCUCGAGAACAAACCGCGAAAGUCCAAAACCCUCCACCCCGUCCCUCCCGCCCCUAAGUUACGGCCGCCGCAGAAACCCAGAUUUGAUGCCAAGGUAGAAGAGAGCCGCUCUGCAUUGCUGGCCAAACUAUUGUCCAGCAGCUUGGCGCAGGAGCUGGGUCACAGUAGCGGCUCCGAGGGCGAAAAGGACUUCGCCCUGCCGGAGUGGGACGUGCCCGUUUCCUCACACAGCGUUGCAGCAGAUAGUCUCCAGCAGAUCUCCCUCCAGACAUUAAACGCAGACCCCUUCUUAAAAAGUUCCGCCACGGCGGGGGCUUACUCCCCGCCGCCCACCUCCCCCAGCUUGUUGUCCCGGGGAAGCUACAGCAGCGUCCUCAACAGCAACAGCGACGUCAGCCAGAAGAAAGCUCCGGGAAACAAAGUGUGCUCGCCUGGUCCACUCCCUGGCAAAAAUGGCAACCCCACCUUCGCCGCCGUGGCUGCUGGUUACGACAAGAGUCCAGGUGGUUCCGGACCAGGCAGGAGUCUGGCACACAUGCCGUCAGUGGAGAGUGACAGCUCAGAAAGCUCGGGCUUGUGGAGUCCCAUCGACGUGAGCAGCACUUCCAACCCUCACUCCACCAACUCCUUCUCGGCGUUCGGGCCCAACAACUCCUUCAACCUGACAGGAGUGUUCAGCGACAUGGGCCUCCAGAAGCUGGCGGAGCCUGAGCAGAGCCGGUCCGACUUCAUCACGGUGCCGUCGUCCGUGUGGGCAGCGCCCGGCCCCGACUCUCUGCACUCCUGGCCCGCCAACUCCGGUUCUCCCACCUCCCCCACCUCAUCACUCCUAGGGAGCAGCCACAACCCUUGGUCCUGGUCCACCUCCACCUCCACCUUCGGCAGCUCCAUCUGGUCCACAAGCACAGACUCCUCCUUGCCCCCGUAUUCCUCGCCCCAUUUUUCCCCGCCGCCCAAUUCGCCCACCCUGGCGGACCUGCUCAGCGGCCCCGACCUGUCGCCAGCGGCCUCCGCGGAGAUGAGCCGCACGUUCAACCCCUGGAGCGUGUGGGGGCCCGCCCUCAGCCGGCGGAGCUCCGAGCCCUGGCCCAGUUCCUCCGAGAACGGCAGUUAAAACUGCACGCCUGCACUUACGUGACGCGUCACCACGGCAACGGUCGAUAAAUUUACUUUUUUUAAAUUGGAGAUGCCCAACAGAAAAGAUUUGCUCGCCAUCCUUUUUGGUGCUUCGUUUUUUUGUGGCUUUUUAUUGACAGCGGACUGACAUGCAAACUUUUAUUUCAAAUGGUUUUAACAGCGCCCCCUACUCAAUGCGCAACUCUUAGCAUCAGCAUGCUAAUGCUAAAGGAGACGCUACGCCCGGUAAAAGAUGUUAGCAUCAGCAUGCUAAUGCUAAAGGAGACGUUACGCCCGGUAAAAAGAUGCUAGCAUCAGCAUGCUAAUGCUAAAGGAGACGUUACACCCGGUAAAAAGAUGCUAGCAUCAACAUGCUAAUUCUAAAGGAGACGUUAUGCCUGGUAAAAGAUGUUAGCAUCAGCAUGCUAAUGCUAAAGGAGACAUUACGCCCAGUAAAAGAUGUUAGCAUCAACAUGCUAAUGCUAAAGGAGACGUUACGCCUGGUAAAAGAUGUUAGUAUCAACGUGCUACUGCUAAAGGAGACGUUAUGCCUGAUAAAGGAUGUUAGCAUCAGCAUGCUAAUGCUAAAGGAGACGUUACGCCCGGUAAAGGAUGUUAGCAUCAGCAUGGUAGUGCUAAAGGAGAUGUUACGCCCGGUAAAAAGAUGUUAGCAUCAGCAUGCUAAUGCUAAAGGAGACGUUACGCCCGGUAAAAAUAUGUUAGCAUCAGCAUGCUAAUGCUAAAGGAGACGUUAUUCCUGGUAAAGGAUGUUAGCAUCAGCAUACUAAUGCUAAAGGAGACAUUACGCCCAGUAAAAGAUGUUAGCAUCAGCAUGCUAAUGCUAAAGGAGACGUUACUCCCGGUAAAAAGAUGCUAGCAUCAGCAUGCUAAUGCUAAAGGAGACGUUAUGCCUGGUAAAAAGAUGUUAGCAUCAGCAUGCUAAUGCUAAAGGAGACGUUACGCCCGGUAAAAGAUGUUAGCAUUAGCAUGCUACUGCUAAAGGAGGUGUUAUGCCCGGUAAAGGAUGUUCGCACCAGCAUACUAAUGCUAAAGGGGACAUUCUGCCCGACGAGGCUUACAUCAGCAUGCUAAUGCUAAAGUAGACAUGGCCAGUAAGAGAUGUUAGCAUCGGCAUUAUAAUGCUAAAGCAAACAUUGCACCCGGUAAAAGAUGUCCGCAACAGCAUGCCAAUGUUAAAGCAGACGUUACGCCUGGUGAGGAUGUUUAGCAUGCUAAUGUUUAAGCAAAGGUUGUGAGCAUCAGCAUGCUAAUGCUAAAGCAGAUGUUAUACCUGGUUAGGAUGUUUAGCAUGCUAAUGAUAGAGCAGACGUUUUGCCCGGGGAAGGUUGUUAGCAUCAGCAUGCUAAUGCUAAAGCAGACAAUACGCCCAAGUAAAGGAUGUAGCAUCAGCAUGCUAAUGCUAAAGCAGACGUUAUGCCUGGCGAGGCUGAAAGUUUGGUUCGUGACAUGAGAAUCUUAGUUCAGUUUUCAAAUGAUCGUCAGUCAUUUUGCGUUCAGACUUUUAUAGCAAACAUUGGUUUCGGCUCUUACACGAUCACCUUCACCCCUUCUGAUUGAAUGUCCGCGACGACCGUUUCAAAAAUGUCGGCCCCGUUUUAAUGAAAGAAUAAAAUUUAUUGGGUGACAUCUUAAGUUUGAGGAUUGUAUUGUAAGAAGAAAAUAAAAGAUUUCAGCAGAG